GUGGAGGCGGAAAGAGAAGACACACUGGACACACAAGACACACACGGCACCACGACACCACGACACCGCAGUAUGUCUACGAUUCUCGACUCGCUUGUGACGGGCGGCACGCUCAUGGCCAUCACGUCGUGCUCCUUCUUUCUCGGGCUGCUCUACUCAGACUGGCCGUACACGCACUUCUUGCUCUGGGCCGCGGAGCCGGAGAACGCAGACAAGGUGGCGAAGCUGGCGCUGCAGCACUACGUGCACUGGCUCGACGUGCCUAAGUUCAUCCCGUACACGAUGUACGGCGUGCUGCUGUUCGGGUUCCUGGGGUUCACGAUGAAGGUGUUCAAGCCCGCGGAGGACGUGAAGUACUUCGAGUACGGGUCGUUUGCGGUCUACGUCUUGGCGGUGUGCUGCUACGCGUCGAACGUGCGUUUCGGCGUCUACUCGGCGCAGGCGGGCGAAUGGGGCGACGUGGACGAGUUCACGGGCUUGUCUGUGAUUGCCGCGAGCGAGGUGAUCAUCGUGUUCCUCCUUCUCGGCAUCGUCGUCAUCCAGAGCGGCAUUUUCUUCGCCAAGUACGAGGACGACCGCGUCAAGGCCGCCUUCCUCAUGAAGGAGUUGAAGGUCAAGCUUGCGCAGGCCGAGGCCCAGGCGAAGAAGGGCGGCGUCGCCGCUGCAGCCUCCUCCGGCAAGGCCUCCGGCAGGGCCUCCGGCUCCGCCAAGGGCGAGACCGCAGGCUCCGUGAACAAGAAGAAGUGAGCAGCCUGCCCUGCGGGCCCUGCGGGCCCUGCCGGCUCCGCUGCUGCUCCGCUGGCCUCUUACACCCCCACGUAUACUUCUAUAGCGUUCUCUUCUGUUUACAAGCGUAUCCCCCACUUCCCCCGCCCCGUCUGCUCCUGGUCCAGCUCGUCGCCCCACCCCCACCACAACGCCGUGAAGAGGCUCGACACAGAAAAAGCGAUAAGCUCGCCCGCAAUCGCAGGGCUCGUCCGCCGCCGC